GAAGGACCGCCCUCUUAGGCUGUUGCCGAGCGACAGAGGAAGCCUCGGUCUCGCCUUCAUCUCAGCUUCUCUUAGCAGCUUGCUAAGUGACUUUUAGAUCUACGCUAUUUCUCCCUGAUUAGCAAAAGCAAUGGAAGUGACGAUGGACCCCUUGUUUCUGGCGUGGAGCUAUUUCAGGAGGCGGAAACUCCAACAAUGUUCUGAUAUUUGUACGAAAAUAUUACAAGACAACCCAUACGACCAGGACUCAUCUUUGCUAAUCUCAGAGGCUGCAUGGAGCUUGAAAACCCGUGCUCUUACAGAGAUGGUUUACAUAGAUGAAAUCGAGGUUGACCAGGAGGGGAUUGCUGAGAUGAUGCUGGAUGAAAGCUCUAUUGCUCAAGUUGCACGGCCUGGAACAUCACUAAGACUUCCUGGAACAUGUCAUGGUGGAGGUCCCACACCAGCUGUCAGGCCCAUGACACAAUCAGGACGCCCUAUAACGGGAUUUGUGAGACCGAGCACACAGUCCGGGCGCCCUGGGACAAUGGAGCAGGCCAUCAAAACCCCACGUACUGCAAGCACAGCUCGUCCUGUCACCGCUUCUUCUGGUAGAUUCAUUCGUCUGGGGACAGCUUCAAUGUUAACAAAUCCCGAAGGACCGUUUAUAAACUUGUCUAGACUAAAUCUGGCUAAGUAUUCCCAAAAACCCAAUUUAUCCAGGACAUUAUUUGAGUACAUCUUCCAUCAUGAAAAUGAUGUGAAAAAUGCUUUGGAUUUAGCUGCUCAAGCUACUGAACAUGCACAGUUCAAAGACUGGUGGUGGAAAGUUCAGCUGGGAAAAUGUUACUACAGGCUUGGUUUAUAUAGAGAAGCAGAAAAACAGUUUAGAUCAGCUCUCAACCACCAAGAGAUGGUUGAUACGUAUCUCUAUCUCGCAAAGGUUUAUCAGCGUAUGGAUCAGCCAAUAACGGCUCUCAGUCUUUUCAAGCAAGGCCUGGACCACUUCCCUGGAGAGGUUACCCUUCUAACAGGAAUAGCUCGUAUCCAUGAGGAGAUGAACAACAUUUCAUCAGCGACAGAGUACUAUAAAGACGUCCUGAAGCAGGACAACACUCACGUGGAGGCCAUAGCCUGCAUAGGCAGCAAUCACUUCUACACAGAUCAGCCUGAGAUUGCCCUGCGGUUCUAUAGACGGCUGCUCCAGAUGGGAGUGUAUAAUUGCCAACUGUACAACAACCUGGGCCUGUGCUGUUUCUAUGCCCAGCAGUACGAUAUGACUCUGUCCUCCUUUGAGAGGGCUCUGGCCCUGGUGGCCAAUGAUGAAGAGCAGGCUGAUGUCUGGUACAACAUAGGACACGUGGCUGUAGGAAUAGGGGACUUGACACUGGCCUAUCAGUGCUUUAAACUGACUUUGGCAUUUAAUAAUGACCAUGCUGAAGCCUAUAACAACCUGGCUGUGCUGGAGCUGCGAAAAGGUCACAUUGAACAGUCUAAAGCCUUCCUUCAGACUGCUGCAUCACUGGCCCCUCAUAUGUACGAGCCACACUUCAAUCUCUCCAUUCUCUCUGAAAAGCUUGGGGACCUUCAGAGCAGCUACAGUGCAGCCCAAAAAUCUGAGGACGCUUUCCCAGAACACGUCGACACUCAGCAGCUUCUCAAGCAACUUCGACAGCACUUUGCAGUGCUGUGAGGGACCACAGCACUGCAGACGACCGGGUUUUUUUAACCCAGUCAUUAAAAAAAGUCAUAAUUUGGUAGGUCAGUCUUGAAAUGGACAAAGUGGGAUUAGUUUUGAUUUGUGUUUAUUUAUUAACUGCCAGUUUAUUAGGUACAUCUACAAUUGAAGUUCUUUAGCAAAAUGAGUGGUAACUCUUUGAAGUGUUAAUUGUUAAGUGUAAUUCUACACUUCAGUGUUGAAAAGUGAUGUGAUUGUCCUCAUUUGAUUCCAGCUUGAGCUGUUGUAGACUUAUUGUUGUGUACAGAAUAAGCUCAUUGGUUGUUUCUUUGUUCUCUGUAAAACUCUAUUUCAGUAGAGUUUCAAAAGGCUGUAGAUGAUGAAAUGCUAGAUCUAAAAUGUCUAGGUCAAGUGUUUCAGUUAUAGCCCAUUAAAUGGUAAAUGUUUGGGCUAUAACUAACAUAUGACUGUUAGAGGGCAUGUAAAGGUUUUGCUGAAACACUGGCAUGUUAGUGUACAAAUCUGUACAGUAGUAAAAUGUGUGUACAUAGUAAAGGUGAACGUUUUAUUUGUAACAGUUACAGAAUUUACAUACAUUUUGUAGAUGCCUUUAUAACUCAGGUGUAUUUUUCAUAUUUUAAUCUUCUUUGCCAUUUUGUAGUCUCUUGCAAAAGACAUGACAAUAAAGAAAAAAAAAAUUCAGAAGACGCGUCCAUGCCUUAAAGCCAGACUUGACUCUCUGUUUAAACAUUUAAGCUAGAGCUAAAA